AAUAAUAUAUCCCGAUCCAUCAACCGGUCAAUUCCAUCCAUUAUCCGUUGAGCGUAGAAACACCGUGAGAGAGAGAGGCGGCGAGCGGGUUCGGAGUGGAGCGAUUAGGGCUUUCUUUCUCUCGCCUUCGGAAAUUGUGGUCGAUCCUCCGCUAUGUCGCCCCCGAAUCCCUCACCGACCUCCGUAAAAGAAGAAGCCGAAGAAGAGGAAGGGGUCGAAAAUCCAGAAGAAAAGAAGCAGGUCGAGAAAAAAGUAGCAGCAGAGAAAGCGGCGGUGAGAAAACAAGAAAACCAGGUCGAGAAAAGCCAGGCUUCUGCGCCGUCCCCAAUGUCCCCAAUCCCUUUAAUCCACCAUUUUUCCAAUCUCAGCGCCGCCCUCUCCGAAUUCGUCCGCCAAUGGGACGGCCUCCUGCAGUUCCUGGACUCCAUCAGGGCCUCCAUCGAUGCUCGCUUCAAGGAGCUUCACGCCCUCCAAAUCCCUGACGGCGAGAAAGCGGCCGCCGUGGCGGUGAAAGAAGAAGCAAAGUCCGGCCGAGAAAAGCCAUCGCUGGAUGAACCCCGAGCGGAACUCCACUCCAUCUGCGAGACCAUGGGCAGCCGCUUCCUCCGCAAGUUCGUCACCACCCACCUCUCCGAACUCGAUUGGCUCCGCAGAGAAAUUCCCGCCGCUCUUCGGCGCGCCCCCAGCCCGGCCAGGCUAGUCUUCGAUUCCAUCGGGCGGUUCUACCUUCAGGGCAGCAAGGCCUAUGAGCGCAAUCCCACGGUGAUUGUCGGCCGCCGUGCCUGCAUUCUUAUUCUGGAGUUUUACGUCCUCUCAGGUUUACCCUCGGUGGUCGAAUCCUCUGUCAAGCAGGAUGCUACCGUGGCUGCCCUCGCCUGGAGGAGCAGGCUUGUUGCAGAGGGUGGUGUCAAGUCCGCGACAGCUGUGGAUGCUCUGGGCCUGGCUCUUUUUGUCGCAUCGUUUGGCAUCCCGAAUGAUUUUGGGUGCGACGUAAUGUAUGACCUGCUUCGGUUGAGCAAUCUGAAGAAGAAAGCUGAUGUCUUCCAGCAAUCCCCUAUCCUCCGCGAGAAGAUACCAGAUAUCAUUGAAGAAUUGCUAAGCAAGGACAUGCAUGUCGAAGCAGUUCACCUGGCUUGUGCUUUUGGGCUGGAGGAGAAAUUUCCCCCUAUCCCUUUGCUGUCUUCUGUUUUACAGAAAUCAGUGCAGACUGCAAAAGAAGAACAAAGAGGACAAUCACUGGAAGUAGCCAAUAAAAAGCAGUUAGCAGUGCUGAAAUCAGUAGUUAAAUGUGUGGAGAAUAACAAGCUCGAUCCCUCUGAGAUUGCUAGUUUUAAUUUAUAUCAGAAAAUUGCUACUUUAGAAAAAGAUAUUGCAAAAGGUAAGCAGCACUUGAAAAAUAAAAUCUUCAAGCGAAAGGCUGAGGAGGUUGGAUCCUUGAACCAACCAGAAACACAAGCUAAACGUCCUUGGCCUUCUCCAGCAGAAGCAUCUCCUGGGGUUCCCCCUCGUCUACCUAUGCAAACUCAGGUGCAGAGGAGUCCCACACUAUCUGAUACUAGCGGUUUAUACAAUGGCCUUAUCCGGCAAAGCAUGUAUGAUGGUGGAUUCAUGGGGUCGCAUUAUAGAAGUGGCAUGGAAAUACUGACAGGAGGUGUGCAUGGUUCAGGAGUUGGCAGUAGUCUUGAACCUUCUUCUGCAGCAGAUGGUGCUGGAUUAACCCUAGGAAACAAUGUGGGGUCAUACGCAAACAUCACUGGAGGUUCCUAUGGGCGGCAUCAGGAUGGAGCACCUGAUGAAAGAUCCGAUGCACAGGGCUAUUCAGGUUUUGCACCUUCAGCAGGCUGGAUGGAUCCAUCAGCAGCUGCAGCGCAAAGUUUAUUUCAACCACAGGCUUCAUCCCUUGGCACUGAAACGAGGAGCUCAGGCUCUAAUCUGUAUCGCUUUGCAGAUAUUGUUUUGAAGCGCGAGUCAGACUACAACCCCAGCAAAAGCAACACUAUGCCCAGUACCACCAACCCUGGCUAUUACUCGUCUUACCUGAGCUGAGAAAGUGCUUAUUUUUGCUAUUUAUUUUCUUGUAAUACUUAAACAAUUAGUUGAAUCUUCUAGCUGGAUGCUCAUCAUAUCAAAAGAUCAGUUGCAAUAUCAAUUGACUCCUGUUAAAUCCCCAGGUCGGUUGUCAUUUUCUUAGACAUGGUUUGCUGAAUAUUUAGGCUGUUCUUCAGUUAUAUGUAAAUUUUGGUCUCUUAGUCAUC